AUGGCGAUUUUGAAUCAGCUGUUCUACUCUCUUCGCUUCUCUUCCCUGGUGCCCCAGCGUCUUUCGAGCACAAUGCUUCGGGUCGUCAGAUCUCUUUACAUUGCUGCUGUCCCAUCUUCGCGUCGUGGCAUGAGGGGAGGUAAAUCAGCAAAGAUUGCUAGAGCUAGAUCAAGAUUCCUUUUCUGCGGCCUCGCCAACGCCAGAUCUCUUGUCAGCAACAAACACUUGUUCAAUUACCAUAUUACUGUUACUGGUCUAGAUCUAUUAGCUAUCACCGAGACUUGGCUGAAUGAAGACAUUGGUGACGUUAUACUUCGUGACGUGUGCCCAGCUGGUUACUCAGCGAUACAUUGCCCGAGAGCUAGUGGAAGAGGGGGAGGAAUCGCCCUACUUUUUCGUGACUCGAUUCGUGUAAACGGCCUUAAUGUUGACUUCAAGCCUGCGUCUUUUGAAUAUCUUCCUGCAUCUCUUUCUGUGAAUGGCAAUACGAUAUGCUUGGUGGUGAUAUAUCGCUCUCCCUCACUCAGCCCUAGUCUAUUUUUGACUGAGUUUGCUGACUUGCUUGAGCUGCUUCUUCCUACUCCCUCAAAGCUGUUGAUCGUUGGUGAUUUCAACAUCCAUGUUGACACCAAGUCUAACCUAGUGUGCCAAAAGUUCCUUUCCUUUCUGGAAUCUUGUGAUCUGCUUCAGCAUGUUAGUGGCCCUACUCACAUUAGUGGCCACACGCUCGACUUGGUGAUUUCAAGGUCGGUGGAUAGUUUGGUUCUAAACUGUGAUGUGUUUGAUCCUUUGAGUGAUCACUAUGCCGUUCAUUGGCUUGCCAAUGCCAGUCGCCCUGUUCGACCCAAGAAAACUGUCUCACUCAGAAACUUAAAAGCUAUCGACAUGGAUAGGUUUGCUACUGAUCUUCUCUGCCUUCCUCUGCUCACCGAUGAAACUGAUGACAUCGCUCGCCUUCUAGACUUGUACAACGCUGGCUUAACUGAGGUACUGGAUAAACAUGCACCACUACAAAAAAGAGUAUUCACUAUUCGGCCUGACAACCCCUGGAAUAAUCAAGAAAUUGCCUCUACUCGUAAAGAAGUUAGGAGGCUGGAGAGACGUUGGAAAGCUACAAGUCUGACUAUUGACAAGGAGAUUUUGCAUCAUGCUCUGAGCAAAUUGAGAUCCCUUAUAUCUUCUGCGAAAGUGAAUUUUCUCAAUUCCAAGAUUACUGAGCAAACCGGAAAGAAGUCGUUAUUCAAGAUUGUUGACUCGUUUCUUUUGAUGAAGCCUGCUCUUCGCCUUCCAUCGCAUACUGAUCUACCUGCUCUUCUUGAGAAAUUUGGUGACUUUUUUCUGAAGAAAAUUCAUGACAUCAGGACGAGCCUAGACGUCUUUGGAUCGACUUCGGUAACCGAACAACCAAUGACUUCUCGUUCUUUCACAAAGUUUGCCCCAGUAACGAGUGCUGAUGUUCUUUCUUUGAUUACUCGCUGCCCAACUAAGUCUUCGCCCCUGGAUCCCAUUCCGACAUUUCUGUUGAAGAAGGUUGCUGAAAUUCUUGUCACACCUAUAACUAAACUGGUGAAUCUGUCCCUCUCGCUGGGUGUCUUCCCUGAUGAUAUGAAACUUGCUGUCGUGACACCAUUGUUGAAGAAGCCUAAUCUGAACCCUGAUGUCCUAAACAACUAUCGGCCUGUAUCUAAUCUUUCUUUUUUGUCCAAAAUUAUUGAGCGUGUUGUCGUUAGACAACUUCAUGAUUAUCUGGAAACUGAAUCUGAGUCUCUCUUCGUCCCCGUGCAGUCGGCCUACAGGCCGUUUCACUCUACUGAAACUGCUCUUUUGAAAGUCUGUAAUGAUUUACUUGUUUCUGCUGACGAAAAAGAUGUAGCUACUGUUGUUGCCUUCCUUGAUCAGAGUGCUGCUUUUGACCUGUUGACCAUCAGAUCCUUAUUGCUCGGCUUUCUGCUAAAUUUGGUAUUUGUGGCCCCACGCUAG